GUUUACAUACAUGACAUUGACCUUCAUUGCCAAUAUCGGAAAAUGACAGAACUGAGAAGUGAAAAUGAAACUUAAGACAACAGGGUGAAAUGACCAAGUGCUGAACCAUGUUGCCAAGAUGUGCACUACCACUACCCAUGGGAUUUUCCCCAGCAAGUCCAUUAUCAACAUCAUGCGCAACAAGUCGGGCCGAUAUAUUUCGCCAGGCCAUAGAAGUGUUAAGUGUUUGGCAUGUGUACCGAAGGUUCAGGAAAGCAGACAUUUUAUCUGGUGGACGAGGCCGAAUUGGCGGGGAAAGGAAGUGACAGUGUUGUGAGCAUGGCCCACCACUACUUUCAGCACAAUGGCGUCGGUGAAAAACAUGCUGAGAUGACUUCAAUCCACGAAGCCUUCUCAAAGAAAGGGAAUGGGCCCUAUUGCACCUUGUUUAACGUCAAGGUGGUGUCACAUGGGGAGGUGGUUACAUACCGGCCAGAACAGAGAGGACAGAAAGUCUCAGGUGGUGGCAUUCAGUGAUGGCAUUGACUGCAUCUUGGCCUAGGUCAAGACGGCAGUUAAUUUCCUAAGUGCGAGUCAGGGGCUUCAUUAGCGUUCGUGACUGCAGGAAUUAAAGUGCCACCCCUGGAAUUCCACAGCCAUUGGGGAUGCGCUAUGAAUCCACAAGCUGCUGCAGCAGUGCCUUUGGACAAAGCACUUCAAUCACCCCAAAAGACCAGGGUCUCCGUUUCAGGGAAGAAUAUUCAGGAGGUGGCUGUCUGCACUGUUAAAGUGUGCGAUGAAGAUGUGGCCAUAAAGGUCAUCACUCUGGAAGCGGAUUCUCAGAGGGCCAAGGUGACUCUAUGGAGAGAGUCAGAAACAUCAGAUGUGAGGCCGGGUGACUUCAUGACGAUCACGGAUGUGGUGACUUUAAACCACUAUAAGGGGAAACCAUCCCUUUCCACCACAAACAGAUCAACACUGAAGAUAUAAAAACCUGCUGACAGAAGAUGAGAUGAGCAAAAGAGUACGGGAAUCACGCCGCUUCUUAGCUCGGUACAAAAAGGAAGGAAAAUCUUGAGAAGAUAGUCACUUGUGGUGAAUCCUCAGACUGUUUUAUUACGACUCUGAGAAAAAACAGCAAAGCAGUCAAUUGAAGACAACAUGUUCCCCACAUUCAAAGGAGGCACGAUCAUCCUGCUCAAUAGGAAAGCAAAUGUUCAUUGUCUUCUUUGAUGUGCCCGGUGUUAUUCUACUCCAUGCCUCUCCGCAUCUGUGACGGGUGCUUACAAUUCAAAUGUUUUGUGGCGUGACUUGUACAGGGUGAUGGCAUUAAAGAGACCAAAGGCGUUGCAUGAUAGGUGGAUUCUCUACCAGGAUAAUGCACCAGCACAUAGAUCAUAAGAGGCCCAGACUACCGCGACAAUCAACUUGAAGCGGAGAUCCUUCCCCGUCCCCUUAUUCGCUGGACCUAGCACCAUGCGAUUUUGCCCUAUUUCUGAAACUUAAAUGCGAACUAAGAUGGAGGAAGUCAAAUGCAGAGACAAUUGGAGAAGUAGCUGCGACUGUGUCCAGGUGAUCACGGACUGUGGUCAUAACAUUCCUCAACUUCAAACAGACCAGGCCUUGUGCAGUGUAGAGAGUUUGCUGCAUCAGUUGUUGUAAAGUUUGCAUUGCUGAAAAAUAAUGCAGUCGUCGUACCUGGACUCCCAUCAAAGGAAUGUCGUUAACAGACCACCUGUCCAGAUCAAGACCGUGUAGUUCUUGGCCAGUGUAACAGUGUAACCCAGAAGGGAGACAAGUUCAAGCCGGGGUCGGUGCAGCAUGUACAUCCGCCUGUCUCUUCCAGAUCUUUGACAGGGAAGGUUGCUAAAGAGUGGGACAACAUUGCCAUCCCAGAGGGAUUCAAUUGUAACGUCAUUAUCGUUGAGGACAGGCCGCUCCUCAUCUUCGGAACCGUGCUUCACGUUGUGUAUGUGAAUGGAACAUUCAAGUUACGUUGACAUUGACUUGCUACAAUAUGUAUAUAUAGUGUCAUAGCUCAAAUCUAUUCUACAAAAUCAUAAUAAAGUGGUAAACUUGAGUGAUUUUAAAUAGAACAAGAAGGGCAUUUUCGUUGUGAUCCGACACCUAAAAGUGAAAACCAGAUUUUGGAAUAUCUCGGCUUAUAUGCAGUCUACAGUGAUGAAAUGUCACACAAAAGGUCCUUUGGGUAUAGGAACUUAGUAUCUAACAGGAUUUUAUCAAGGUUUAUUGAAGAGUGUCAUGGACAGCUGAAACUUUUCAGGACACAAUAUGCAAAUUAAGAAUAUAUUGUGUGGGCCGGCUUGGUGAACAAAACCACAAGAUGGCUAUGUUUCUGUUUGGGACAUUAAAGUAAAGCCAGCAGCCGUCUACUAGACUGCAUGAUUCAUCUCUUUAUAACGGAUGUCAUAGCUUUCCAGAUUCUGCCAAGGGCGUAGCUCUGGUGCACUGGGCCGAUUUUCCAGCCAUGUGGAAUCUACAUUUCCAGCUGAAUUGGGACUUGGACUAAUAUCAGACUCCUUAGCAGCAUGCAUGCCGGUUGCUGAAGCCAUGGAGGUGUUUCCAAGGACAAUAACCUUUGCUGGUCAAAACAUGGUCUAGACUAUGGAAUUCCAUUCUUGCUCUCAGGCAAGGAUUUACUGAGAAAGGAAUACCGUCUCCAUAAAAAUGAAGAUUUUAGUCAACUCUGUAGUAUCCAAGAGAGGCUACUACAGCUGUUGGAUCAUGAUGAAGAACAGUGACGAGGGAUCCAUUCAAUCUGCUUAUUGCAGUUGCAAAGGAGGGUAAUGGUCUAAUUUACUAGGCAAACCUAUUCCUGCCUCACAACUUGAGACUUCAAUUAUGGUGGAGCCCAGCACACAGACAGCAAUGCCACUGUAUUCGCCAUUGUCUGAUGAGUAUCCAGUGCCAGAUCCUAACGAUUUCCUUGAAAAAGUGAAAACUCUUCAACCAACAGCCUGCGGAUUACGUGCCAUGUAUGACUGCUCAUAUAAAAAGAAUUGUACUUCAUCACCUCUGAGCGUCAAAACACCAAUGGAAAGAGCUGAACAAUUUAUGAAGGAACAUAUAUGUGAAAAUUUAUCUUGUAACUGUUCUAAUAUAUUUAUGUAUUAUUAUCUUACUUAUUCAGAGAAUGAAUGUGAGCAAAUUGAACAAUUAACAAGAGGUCAAUCAAAAAAUAAUAACUGGCAUCGGAUGAGAAAAGGACUAUUAACUGCAUCCAAUUUUCAUAAAAUUACACAUUCAACUGAUUUAAAUCGAACAGCAAUUGCGUUACAAAAAAAUUCAGUGUUUGCAGAAAACUCUAUUCCAGACUCCAUAUUAUUUGGGCAGCGAUUUGAAAAUAAAGCCCGUGACAUUUUUAUAAAGACACAUAGGUUUAAACAUAAACAUUGUUCUGUAAAAGUUCCUGGGCUAGUUGUUUCUAAUGAAGACCCAAUUUUAGCUUGUUCACCAGAUGGAAUAGUUGAUUGCAAAAUAUGUGGGAAAUUUUUGAUUGAAAUAAAGUGUAUGUAUAAAUAUAAGUGUUUUCACCCAAAAAAUGCCUUGAAACUUUCAAAUGUUUGUGUUGAAGAUGAAAACAAUAAUUUAACAUUGAGGCGUUCACAUACAUAUUUUGACCAAGUACAAGGACAAAUGGGAGUAACUGGCCUCACAAAAUGUGUGUUGGUUGGGUACACACACGAAGGCAUUUGUUCCAUAACAGUUGACUUUGACGAGUCAUUUUGGAAUAAUUCUAAAAAUAAAUUGUUUAAGUUUUACACUGAUGCAUACUUUCCACUUUUGAAAAACAUAUGCUGUACAAAUUGAAGGACUAAUGCCUUGUCUGUGUUCAUCUCAUGUAGACAGCAUAACUGUUUUAUUACAACUGUUGUUUAGAACAUAUGUUAAAAGAAUUGUUGCUCUUGUGAGAUCAAUUUAUAUCUUUAAGGUAUAUGGUGCACAAAUGGCAUUCCUGUAUUUUUCCAUCCAUUUGAUAUUGAUGCCUUGUGAUACCAUUAUUUUGGUAUAAUUUGUACACCAAGUAUAUUGCUUUCCUGAUAUUCAAACAUGAAAACCAUGAAAGGCAAU